CAGAUUUACAGGAAAGGAACUUUGCCCUUCGGCCUCUCCUUUCGGUGGGGGCGGGUGGGAUUCUCAGCCAAGCCUGCAAUGCGGCGAGAGAGCGUGCGAGGGAGAGCACGAUCCUAUCUUUGCAGCAGGAACUCAAAGCUUGCUUAAAGCAAGCAAAAACUUUGCAGAGUUGUUGGUCCAAGUAAGAAGGAAGCGAAUCUCAGCAGAAAAGAACUUCCUCACUUCUAUUGGGAGGCACAUCCAUCUCAGGCUGAAGGGGAGGGAGCUGCUGAAUUCCUUGUAAGGGCCAGCCAGAGGGCCCAGGACUUUUAACAUCUGCAUGACAGGGAGACAUUCAAAGAAAGUGUGGAUUGUAGAAUUCAGUGACCUCCACCAAUUAACUGCAGUUCCUACCAAAGAAAGAGUCUGGUGAAAGAACAACUUUGACUGUUUUGGAGGCUCCCUUUAGAGUACAGAAUUGGAGUCAGAAGUGCAAGACUCGGCUUCCCGAGAGACCAUUAUGGCAGGAAGCAGUGAGGAAUGCUGGGAAGGGACUGUGCAGAAGAUCCUAGAUGAGGACCUGCUCACUUCAGAUGUGCAACACCAGCGCUUCAGUCAGUUCUGCUACCAGGAGGGCAAGGGCCCCCGAGAGGUUUGCAGCCAACUCCACCAUCUCUGCCGUCAGUGGCUCAGACCAGAGUGGCACACAAAAAAACAGAUGCUGGAUCUGGUGAUCCUGGAGUGGUUUUUGACCGUCUUGCCUCCAGAAAUAGAGAGCUGGGUGAGAGAAUGUGGAGCAGAGACCAGUUCGCAGGCCGUGGCCCUGGCAGAAGGUUUCCUUCUGAGCCAGGCAGAGGAUAAGAAGCAGGAAGAGCAGCAGUUGCAUAGAUGGUCAGUAGAAGGGACUCCUGUUUUCUCUGAGGCAGCGGAGGUUCUGUCAGACAUCAGUCAGAGGACACGCUCCAGGGGGAUCUCUCAAGAGGGUGACGGAGAUGCCACUUUGCAGGGCUGUGGAAUAAUGCUGACGAUGGGUACAAGGUUGUCUUCCCUGAGAGGUUGUGGUGGAGCAACAGCUUCUAUGCAACCAGAUGAUCAGGGCCCUGUGUCCUUUGAGGAGGUGGCUGUGCAUUUCACGGAGGAGGAGUGGGCUCUGCUGGAUCCAAAUCAAAGAGACCUGCACAGAGAAGUCAUGGAGGAGACUCGUCGGAAUGUGACCUCUCUGGCAGGUGAUGAGCGGAAGAGCAAGGAUGAGGGAGAACGAUGCAGAGCGUUAGCUGGGAAAGUGAGAUGUGUACAGGGAGAACAGCAGAGAAAGGAAACUGAAAUACAUCAGGAAAAGAGGAAUGAAUCCUCUACUCUUCAUGCUGGGGACUGCCAGGAAGCACCACUCCAACUAAAAAUAGACCAAAUUAAUGGAAAGAGGAAGCACCUUUUUUCUGGGAAUAGCUUCAGUUGUAAAUUGAAAGUCAAAUGUCAUUCAGGGAUCAAGAAUGGGGAGAAGCCAUUGAAACGUUUGGAGUGUGAAAAGAGCUUCAGUCAGAGCUCAGCUCUUAUAAAACAGCAAAGAAUGCUCACAGAAGAGAAAUCAUAUAAAUGUUUGGAGUGUGGAAAGAGCUUCAGCAGGAAGCAGUACCUCAAUGUACAUAUAAGAACUCACACAGAAGAAAAGCCAGUUAAAUGCUUGGAGUGUGGAAAGAGCUUCAAGCAGAGUGAACACCUUGAUGUACAUCAGAGAAUGCACAGAGGGGAGAAGCCAUAUCAAUGUCUGGAGUGUGGAAAGAGCUUCAGUACGAAUGCAUACCUCAGUAUACAUCAAGGAAUUCACACAGAAGAGAGGCCAUUUCAGUGUUUGGAGUGUGGAAAAAGCUUCCGGUGGAACUCAGUUCUUAUACAACAUCAAAGAAUUCACGCAGGAGAGAAACCAUAUAAAUGCUUGGAGUGUGAGAAAAGCUUCAGAGACAGCUCAGCUCUUACAAAACACCAAAUAAUUCACACAGAACAGAAACCAUAUAAAUGCUUGGAGUGUGGGAAAAGCUUCAGGUGGAACUCAAUUCUUAUACAGCAUCAAAGAAUUCACACUGGAGAGAAACCAUAUAAAUGUUUGGAGUGUGGAAAGGGCUUCAUACAGAACAAACACCUCAGUGUACAUUUAAGAACUCACACAGGAGAGAAGCCAUUUAAAUGCAUGGAAUGUGGAAAGAGCUUCAGACAGAAUAAACACCUCAAUGUACAUGUAAGAACUCACACAGGAGAGAGGCCAUUUAAAUGCUUGGAGUGUGGAAGGAGCUUCAACCGGAGUGAACCCCUCAAUGUACAUCUAAGAAUUCACACAGGAGAGAAGCCAUUUAAAUGUUUGGAGUGUGGAAAGAGCUUCCGUCAAAGUUCAAAUCUUACACUACAUCAAAAAAUGCACACAGGAGAGAAACCAUGUAAGUGUUUGGAAUGUGGAAAAAGCUUCCGUGACAACUCAACCCUUAAUGUUCAUCAAAGAAGUCAUACUGGAGAGAGACCAUUUGAAUGUUUGGAAUGUGGAAAGACCUUCAGUCAGAGCUCAGCUCUUUUAAUACAUCAAACAAUUCACACAGGGAAGAAACCAUUUAAGUGUUCAGAGUGUGGAAAGAGCUUCAAUCAGAGCUCAGCUCUUUUAGUACAUCAAAGAAUUCACACAGGGGAGAGACCAUUUAAAUGUUUGGAGUGUGGAAAGAGCUGCAGCCAGCGAUCAAACCUUAGUGCACAUCUAAGAACUCAUAGGAGAAAAACCAUAUAAAUGUUUGGAGUGUAGGACUGUGUGUUUUCGAAAAAGGAGUUGAUGGACUUUGUGUGUCGGAAAAAAGAGUUGAUGCUUCCAACCACCAGGAAACAUCAGAGCGUGGGGCAAGUGCCCCAGGUAGUGCACUUGUAAGCCAGAAUUUGGCUUUUUAAAAGCCAAAUCUGGCCACCUAGCUGGGGGCCCUUUAACUUCCCGCCCAGCUGCCACUGGGGCAGCUGGGUGGUACAGUGAUGUCCAGAAGCUUGGGGGUGGAGGGUGUGACUCUGGGCAGCCUGGGAAGCCCACACGGCUGCUGGGAGAACUUUGGGCUUCUGGGGAGUGUAGUCCCUCUCAGAACUUGCCCGCUCCCCUCCCCAAGCUCCCGAGCAUCACUGCGCUGCCCACGCACCCCUGUACCACUGGUGGGCAGGAAGUUAAAGGGCCCCCAUCACCAGCAUUCUAUUAGGGGCACUUGCCUUGUGCUCUGAUGCCUCCUGGUAGUGGGGAUAUCACACAUGAAAAAACCGUGUGAAAAGAAGAAAAAUAUAGUGGGAAACUAAUAAAACAUAUUAAAACAUUUA